CGCCUUAGCCACCCACCAGCCAGAAUAAGCGAAGGUGUAGUGUCAAAGUGUGACUCUGCAAAUUCAGUUUUACCUCAUUUCUACUCCUGUACGUGAUUGCAGCUUCCCUCAGUACACGUGAAGGGCGACACGGACACUAGGAGGAGGUAUGUGGCGGUGAAAUGAUGAGACAUUGAGAGAGACCACCACCACCACUACUACUACUACUACUACUACUACUACUACUACUACUACUACUACUACUACUACUACUACAACCAGAACCACAGGAGGAAAGAAUCUCUCUCUCUCUCUCUCUCUCUCUCUCUCUCUCUCUCUCUCUCUCUCUCUCUCUCUCUCUCUCUCUCUCUCUCUCUCUCUCUCUCUCUCUCUCUCUCUCUCUCUCUCUCAAUUUCUGUGCAUCUGUCUGUCUGUCUGUCUUCUCUUGCAUUGGACAGAUAGAUAAAUUAGAUAAACAGGGCAUGACAGAGACAAGAUAAAGAUGGAGGAGGAGGAGGAGGAGGAGGAAAAAGGAAGCUAAUCAGUGGAGGUGGUGGUAGAAUGAGAGAGGAAGAGGAAGAGGAGGAAGAAGAAAGGAGGAGAGGCAGGAAUAUAGAAGAGGAGGAGGAGGAAAUGGAAGAAGUAGUAGAGACAGGGAUGAUAAGGGGCAAAGAAAGAGAGGAAGAAGAGAUGGAAGGAGGAAGAGAGGAUAAGAGAAAAGGAGGAAGAGGAAUGAGGAAGUAUUUAAGAAUGAAAAUAGAAAAAGAAGAUAAUUAUGUUAAGAAAGGAGGAGGAAGAAGGAGAAUGAAACACAUGGAAGAAGAGGAGGAAGAAGUAAUGAUAAUAGGAACCAAAAUAAUAGGUGAUGAAAGUGAAAUAGAAGAAGAAGAGGAGGAGGAGGAGGAGGUAGUAAUAAUAGAAGAAAAUAAAAUAAUGGAGGAAGAGGAAAAUACAAAUAAUAAGGAAAAAGGAGAAGGAAAGAAAGUAAUAAAUAAAAAUGAUGAUGAUGAAAAUAUGAGAGAAGAAGAUUUAAGAGAAGGAAUGACAAUAAGAGAAGAUGAGGAGGAGGAAAGAAUGCUGCAAGAAGAAGAAGAAGAAAACAAAAGAAAGCAAGAGAAGGAAGACAUAAUAAUAAUAAAGACACAAGACCCACCACCGCCACCACCACCACAGUAUCCCUGCGGUGAAUGUGGCAAACCGUUCGACAACCGCAGCGAACUGAUCCAGCACACCUUGACUCACCUGGGCGUGGCCGUGGGGCGCUGCGAGGAGUGCCGGCAGCUGUUCACGUCCCCACAGAAGCUGGAGCAGCACCGCGCGGCACACCGAGCGCGGCACCACAAGUGUGAGGUCUGCGGCAAGACGUACACCAAGAAGAGUCACUUGAUGGAGCACGUACAGACACACGGUGCCACCAGGAACCACCCGUGCGUGCUGUGUGGCAAGGCCUUCAUGACGCAGGCCGCGCUGAGACGCCACACACUCACACACACGCACAAUCUCAGGAGGGAGUUUGUGUGCGCCGUGUGCAACAAGUCGUUUCAGAGGAAGUACCACCUGACGGCACAUGCGAAGGUGCACACGCAGGCACUCAAGCACCGCUGUGGUGAGUGUGGCAAGCACUUCACGCACCACAGCAACCUGGUGGCCCACAUCAGGCAGCACAUGGAGGGGGUGAAGCGCUAUGCCUGUGAGGACUGUGGCAAGACAUUCCUGCAGCAGACCGGCCUGGCAGCACACCAGAACACUCACACUGGGGAGAGGAAGUACGAGUGUGGUGAAUGCGGCAGGGUGUUCCUCUACAAGAACAGCCUCGUCCGCCACACCACAGUGCACACCGGGGAGCGCAAGUACCCGUGUGACCUGUGCGGCAAGGCGUUCAGCUGCAGCAGCCACUUGAAGCGCCACAGACUCACACACAAGCAACACGCAAAGAGACAGAGGUGUGACGAAUGCAAUCUGGAGUUCCCAAGCCAAGGAGAGCUAUCCAGGCACUGCAGGACGCACACACCCGCACACACGCGCGCCGUACACAGGUGCAAGGACUGCGGCAAGGUUUUCACGCACCGGCAGUCUCUCCGGCGACACACGAACACACACACGCAGCUGAGAGAGUACCGAUGCGACACUUGCGACAAAACAUUCAGUCAACGAGUCGGGUUAAUUCAGCACCUCAACAUUCACUCCGGGGAGAGGCGGUUUGAGUGCCCCACCUGCAGCAGAGUGUUCUUUCACCGCAGCAGUCUGGCGCAGCACUCCAAGACGCACUUGUACCCACAGACACACAGCUGCAAGGCGUGUGGCAAGGAGUUUUAUCACCUAACCAGUUUGUCCAGGCAUAAGAAGAAUUGCUGUGUGGACCAGGGCAAGGCUGGCAGGGUGACGCUGGGCUCAGUGGAUGGAUGAAGUGGCUCGGGGAGUGACUCAGUGGUUGGUGGAGGGAUGAAGUGGAGUUGAGGGGAGAAAUGGAUUGCUGGUGAUGGAAAAAUUAUGGUUUGCUUGAAGGACUAAAUUGAAUGUGAUGGGAAAGGAGGAAAACAUUGAUGAAAAGGAAUGGAAGGAGGCAAACAUUGGAGGCACUGGUGAAUUGGUGCUGGAAAUAGAUGAAAAUUGAUGGGGGGAAAAAGGAAAAGUGGCAGAAAGGAAUGGAAUUUUGUGGGAAAGAAUUGAUUGAAAGUGUAAGGAAGAGAACGCUGAUGAUGGAGAUAGAUAGGAAAUUGAUGGGAGAAAUGAGAAGUGUGAUAGGUGGAGUGAUAGGAAGAGAAGCUGAUGAUUGAGGGAUAGAAAUUGAUAAAAAGAGGAGGAGGAGGAGGGAGAAGAAAAGGAGAUUUAUGGAAACAAAACAAAUUAUGGAGAAAAAAAAAGGAAAAGGAAAAAUAAAUAAAUGAAAAUUCACACACACACACACACACACACACACACACACACACACACACACACACACACACACACACACACACACACACACACACACACACAGAGGGAGAGGUGGCUAGGACAGUGUAGUAGUAGGUGUUAUGGGUGUUAGGAAGUGUGUUGUGGUGAACUGUGGUGGUGGUGGUGGUGUUAGGAACCACCACCACCACCACCACCUUGUUCAUUGGUCACCCUGGAGAGGAGCUUGUUAAGUUUCUUGUUGUGAAAGAGAGAGAGAGAGAGAGAGAGAGAGAGAGAGGGAGAGAGGGAGAGAGGGAGAGGGAGAGAGAGCUGCUAUCAAGAAAAUGAAGAAAAUAUUAAAGGUGAAGAAAUUGAAAGAUAAUGAUAAGAUGAUGAUGUGUUUUGGGAAGUAGCACACCACCACCACCACUACCACUAGCCUCAUUCAGUGGUCAUGCCAGAGAGAAGCUUGUUAAGGCCCUCGUUGUGAAGAAAGAGGAAGAGGGACUGAGUGAUAAUCCAUGAUACUGAUCCACUUGGCAGUAACGGAGUCGUCAGCCCCUGCAGGGAGAGCCCGGGAGUGGUAGGUGGAAGAGGAGGAAGGUGAAGAAAUGAGAGUAAAGAAUGGAGAGAAAAAUUAAAAAGGGAGAAAGAGGAAGGUGAAGAGAAGGAUGAAAGAAGAAAGGAGGAGAAAAAAGAAUAAAGAAUGAAGAGAACAUUAUGAGGGAAGAAGACGAAGAAGGGAAGAUUAAAAUGAUGAGAAUAAAGGAUGGAAGGAAGAAUUUAAGAACAUGAGGGAAAGAUAAAAAGGAAGAUGAAGAUGUGAAUAAGGGACAAAGAGAAGAAUUAAAGAAAAGGAGGAGGAAGGAAAGGUUAAGAAUAGGAAGAUGAGGAUGAAUGGAAGGAAGAGGAUUAAGAAGUGAUGAAGAGGAAGAACAACAAAGAGAAGUAAAGAUAGCAAGACAAGAAGAAUAGGAGGAAAAUGAAGAAAAGAGAAAAGAUUAAGAAGAGAAUGAAGAAUAAGGAAAAGACAAGAAAAGAUUAAGAGGAAGAUAAAGGAACAUACACAAUUUCUCUCUCUCUCUCUCUCUCUCUCUCUCUCUCUCUCUCUCUCUCUCUCUCUCUCUCUCUCUCUCUCUCAUUCACCACACACUUAUGAACACUACAGCUCUAUACACAGUGCAAUUUUCUAUAUCACAGCUACACUCUUGAUUCCAUUGUGUAUAUAACCGGUGUUUGUAUCAGAUUCUUGUAUAUUUUUAUAAGUAGAAAGUUGGUGUGGUGAGUGAGUGAUCUAUUGUGUUUAAUAUUUAUGUUUUAUGCAGCUCAAAUUUAUAUUGUUAUUUUGUAAGCUUGGUCUUGGAUUUUUUUUCUUCAGGCCUAUGCAAAUGUAAUAUGAGGCUACUGAAAUUACCUUGAAAAUAUUAUUGUAUUGAUUUGUAUGGGCUUGUUUUUAUUUUCAAGGCCUGAGGAAACUGAAAAUAUUGUGGGCUUUAGAAAUAAAAUGGACCUAAAUAACUAUA